UACAGAAGUUAUAUGGCAAAAUUUAGAACGCCCCUCGAUGUAAAUUGGUAGAUAAAUUGUGAAAUAUUUCGACACAUAAAGUUGAAUGGCGACGUCUGAAGGGCAGACUGAGGGAGAGGAGAAACUACAGUGUUCUGUUUGUUUGGAUAUUUAUCAGAGACCAAGACGUUUACCUUGUUCACAUUCAUUUUGUCAUGAAUGUUUAGUUAAAUGCGCAGAAAAGACUGAUUGCAAACAAAAGUUUUGCUGUCCUCUUUGUCGUGUAGAUACGAAAGCAGACACAAGUAAUAUUUCGCGAGCUGGGAUUUGGGUCACCAGAUUUCCAGUAAAUUAUGAAUUGCUCUCUCUGGCACAAAAGGAAAGAACUAUACUGAUGGAAGGGCAGCUAGGUAAUUUAGAUACAUCUGAUAGAGAGAAGGCAUCAACGUUUAAUGAACAAUUUCAAAACAAAUUCCGGAUAAAUUCAACUAAUGUGAAUAACAACUCAAGCUUAUGCAAAGGCUGUCUACGGGAUGAAACGCAUGUACAAGCAACUGUGUAUUGCCGGGAAUGUAGCGAACUACUAUGUGGAGAUUGUAAGAGACAUCACACGAAAAAUAAGUUCACGUCUGGCCACACUGUUAUUGACAUAAAGGGUGAUCUGAGUGAAACGAAAAGCUUUGAUUAUGUAAACAAACUUACAAAAUGUGUUAACCAUCCAACGGAAGAAGUAAAAUAUCUUUGCAAGGACCAUGAUCAGCUGUGUUGCAAUGAAUGUGCUAUAGUAAUUCACAGAAGAUGUUCCGAUAUAGUUUCUCUUGCAGAUGAAGUGGCUGUAUCACUCGGUCAGAAACGCAUCGAAACAGAUGUAGAAAAAAUAGAAAUACACGCUUCAGCGCUAGCUCAACACGAAUUAGAAUAUAGAGCAGCAUUAGAUCAAUCGGAAAUAUGCAUUAAAGAUGAACUGAAAUGUAUCAAGUUCCACUUGGACGACGCAUAUCGCCUUAUUGAGGAAAGCAUAAUGCACCAAUUUAAUUUUACACAUGCUAAGAGGAAACAGUUGGUCUCUGUCCAGUUAUCUAACAUUGAAACGUUGAAAGCUGCUUUAAACCUGUCAAAAGGAAAAAAUAUCAGCAACUAAAAAGUUUGGACAAGAGUUGAAUGUCUACUUGAUGGAAAGGAAGAUGAGAAAUGAAAUGGAACAGCAUGUGAACAUUUUAAAGCAGUUGCACCAAAGUGCUAACAUUGUAGAGACAUAUUUAGCCGGAAAAGAGCGUGUGGCGGGGAACAUGAUGAAAUCUCUCCUAACGGGCUUAUCAUUGACUGACUACACAAGUAAUGUAGGUCUUCCAGUUUUUCCCAGUUUUGAGACACAGCGGAACACAGGAGAAACUGCCCCUCACCAGCGCCGAGGUCAUCAAAGCUUCAGAGGGCAUGCUCCUAACGUGGGUUUUCAGAGAUACAUGUAGACAAAUACUGAAAUACUACGUCAAUUUACAAAUAAUGUGUAUAAUCUCAGACGCGUUGUCCUUUGACAACGACAAAUUGGUGAAGACCAUGAAUAUCAGUAUGAAUGAUUGUUAAUGAUUGUCAAAGUGAGCCAUUGCUAAAUCCUGCUGCAUGUGAAAGGAAAGGGCAUCUUUUGACAGACAUUCCAUGAUUAUUAUUAGCAAAAUGUCACAAAAAAUCAAAAUAUGUUUUCCAUAUGGCACUGUAUGAAUAAUCAUCGAUACGUUUUUUUCGAAAUGGCAAGAAAGUUGUAUAUAAUAAUGAUGAAGGAGCAUGUCUGGUUCAAAACAUUAGAUUUUAGUAUUUUAUAAUGACAAGAUAUGAGGAGUAAAAUGUGCAAGAUAUGUAAUGAACACGAGUUGGAUGGACAGAUACUGGCACACAAAGCAACAAACCAGUUAUACUGUUAUUGCUUAAUAUGUAUUUAGUUCGUGUAAAAGUACAAAUAUUUAAAAAAUUUAUAUCAUUGAAUCAGAUGUUCAUUACAAAAGCUAUGUAAGAAUAAUGUAUCUGAAUGACCUUGCGAUCCUUCCAGACAUAAAAUGACGGAUUAAUUGCGACUGUCUGUCAAAUGAGUAAAUGGGAUUUAUUUUACUAUAGUGAUAUACAUGUUUUUUUUUAUAUUAUAAAUGAUUUGUGAGGUUGUAAAUGUUUGUAUACAUGUAUGUUGUUGUUGUUGUUAACUUAAGGUCAUACUUGAAAUAAGUAUGCCUCUCAGUUUUGUUAUGUACACUUUGUAUUUUACCUUCAAUAAAUAAAGAUUUUU